CUUAAUAAAGGAAAUAUUUCAUAUAGCUAAUAUAGCAAAAUACGUCCUUUAGUAAUUUACACAGCGCUCAUAAAUGUUUAAUUAAAACCAGGGUGAGGAAUGCUAGCAAAUUCCUAUCUAUCUGGAGAUGAUUGAUCUGACAGUAAUUAAUAGGGAAACCGAUAACUCAGACGAUAGGCAGACUACUAGAAAUGUACCAGGAAGAAACUCUCAGCCUGAAUUUUCCUGGAGUUGCAGGCCCCAGAUCAAAACUACUUGCGACGAACUAAAAUCAAUGAUUUUCUCAUAUUUUAUUACUACGUGGUGUACUCGCAUGUGAUUCUGGAUACCUGUUUGUACUUAUUAAAAUAAGCUAAGCGAACAUGAACAACUAAUAGAACAACUGCACAUGACUACUAUAAACUUUUAGGACACUGACUGAGACCUGACUUUUUGUAUAAAAAGUUUCUGAACGAGUUAUUGAUUGUCAAAGUGACAGCGCACGUUUAUGCCAAUGGAGUCACUGUCACUUGUCAGUGUCACAACAAAUACUUGUUUUGUUGUGUUGUGAAUGUUUGUAGUUUUGUAAUCGACAAUGACGGCUGAAAACAGCGAGAAUACAACGAAGACAUUCAAUUACUCGUUCCCGACAUGCAUCAGCGAGGAAGUGCAGUUCAAGCUGGAGGUGCCGGUGGAGAUCCCGCACGCCGGCUCCACCAGGGAGCUGGUGCAGCGCGUCAUCAGCAUGUUCCACAUCCCCGUCUACUUGGAGGAAGACCUAAAUGAAAAAUUAGCAAAAUUUGUAGCUGAAGAAACCAAAAACUUUCACAAUGAAAGAGACAGGAAGCUUCUGAACCAGCUGAAGAACAGUGAGAUCAAUGUGGAAGGCAUUGUGAAGGGCUGGGAGAAGCUGUUCAAGGACAAUGUCAUGGAGUUUGCAGAACAGAAGGGCACCUCCGAUGAGGAAGUGUUCGCAGCCGCCUACCACAAGCUGGUGCACUCCCCACUCGAGACUAUCCUACAAGUAGAGAACUCAUACGCUAAGACUGUCAUGAACACCCUCAAUAAUAGGGAUGAAGAUAUCAAAAAACUCACACAGAAACAAACAGAGGAGAUGGAAGAGAAAGUCCGUCUACUGAACACAUCAACAACAGAGGAAGAGAUCAAUGAGCUGGCAGCGCAGCAGUUUGAGCAGCAAGCCCUGGUGGCCGGCCGCUGGGGGUCACAGCUAGACGCACUGCGGCAGACGCAGCGGGCACAGCACCGCGCCUGGCUCAUGAACACACUGGAGGAGUAUCAAAGCACCUCUGCACUCAACACACCCAGCAACUCACCGCUGGGCACGUUCUCCCCGGAGGCGGGCGGCGCGGCGGCGCCGGCGGCGGCCAGCGAGCGCCUGGAGGAGAGCUUCACCAUCCACCUGGGCAGCCAGCUCAAGCAGACGCACAACAUCCGCAUCGUCGCCAUGGACCUGCUCGACCUCUGCUCCGUCGACCAUGUCGACAACCCGAGCGAGUCGUCGCGGCGGCUGGGCACGGCGCUGUCGCUGUACGGCUCGGAGCUGGCGGGCGCCGUGCUGCUGACGGAGGCGCCGCCGCGCCGCCCCGCGCCGCCCACCACGCUGCUGCUGCGCGCCGCCGAGCGCUCCACCGAGCACCACUUCGCCGACGCCGACCACCAGCUGCGCACCAUCAGCGAGAAGGUCCAAGAACCGGUGGAGCGGCGGAACACGCAGCGGCUGCAGCAGGCGGACAGCGCGGCGGGCUCCGGCAACGGCUCGCGCUUCAAGAGCAAGCGCAACCUGCAGACCGGUGACAUAUUCAUCACCAAGCACAGCAACCUGGCCGAGGUGCACGUCGUCUUCCAUCUCAUCGUCGACGACUCCUCGCUCAGAUCUGGAGACAUCACAUCUCGGCACCCUGCUAUUUUGGGUCUGCGGAACAUCCUGAAGGCGGCGUGCAGCAACGACAUCACCAGCAUCUCGAUACCGCUGCUGCUGCGCCAUGAGAUGUCCGAGGAGAUGACGGCGGCGUGGUGCGUGCGGCGCGCGGAGCUGGUGCUGAAGUGCGUGAAGGGCUUCAUGCUGGAGGCGGCGGGCUGGGGCGGCGCCGAGCUGCGCACGCUGCACUUCGCGCUGCCGCCGCGCGCCGCGCCCGCCACCUUCGCCGCGCUGGCCGCGCUCACGCCCAACAUCUUCCGCGUCUCCAACCCCGUCAAGUUCCGCACCUGGUGCUGAGCCCACUCACACAUACGAGCGGGCGACGCGACGCGACGUGUUGCACUCGAGGCGACUGUUCCAUUAUGUAAUCAAAGUAGCUUAUUCAGUUAUAACUUAUUCCUUAGGCUGAAAAUUGGGCGUUGUUUAGAGCGUGCAGGCGAGCGCUACUAAAUGCAUGUUGAGACUGAAGUCAGUGGAAAAUCAAACAGUUUUCCAAAACAACUAAUUAUUGUUGUUCGGUAAAAAGCUAUAACUUAAGAGCAGGAAAACUCCUUAAGUUAGAAAUGUAGUAUAAAUAAAUAUCGCAACUAGCUUUUGCCCGCGACUUCGUUCGCGUGAAAUAGUGACUUCCGGCAGAUUUUUGGUUUGACCAAUAGAUGGCGCUACAUGGAAUAAAUUGUAUUUAUAUAUAUUUUUUUUGUAAUAAGAACUAUUCUAUGUCCUUUCUUAAGUUCCAAACUAUGUCUGUACGAAUUUCACACAAAUCGUUACUGAAACGAUUUGUGUGAAUAAAAACCAGCAUUCAUGGACACUGCGAACGAACGAAACUUUUAUUUCCCGAUCGUCCAGUGUUGAAGAAAGGGUGUUACCGAGCGGGAACAACCCGCGCGAAUUAAUUGCGGCCAUAGUUCAAGAUGACAAUAAGUUACUGUAACAUUCCAAAUCAAAUCGGUGGACGGUAGAUAGGAUUGAGUAGGGGGUAAAAAACAGUACAGUAUUCACGAAAUUGUUUAUUAAAAGCUAUGCAACAACAUUUUUAAAAUAUCAAUUCCAAAUCUUAUAUUAAUAAUUUUGACUCUUGUCAGUACGUAUAUCUUGUCAUUUUUCAAUUAAUUCAAUAUUGUACUUUGUUCCCUAUAUAUUGCCUACUUUGCAUUUCGUACUUCCAGUUACCUGCAACUAUUUCAUGUUUUUUUUAAUAAUGGAAAUCUGCCAAGUUUGUAAUUUUCAUCAAGGUAAAAAGAUAAAAACUUAUGAUUAGUUAUGAUACAAUAAAACAAUAAUCUACGAAUUAUGAAAACAAUAACAUAAUCCAAGAAUAUGUACUAACCACUGAACAAUGUGCGUUCACUAGCACCGAUCAGCUUUUAAACUAAAUGUGUUUGCAUUCAGGAUCCCGACAUUGUAUCCUUCUCAGUAAAAUAUAAGAUGUAUGCAACAUGUGCUAGUUUGUGUUACAAUUAGCGUAUUAAAAAAUAAGAAAAACCUUAUAGCAAAAAGAGCUUACAAAUAUAAUU